AAGAAGGCACCUCUCUCUCUCUCUCGCUGUCUCUCUCUUUGUGAAUGGCAUUUUCAAAGCUCAUUUGCAUACACACACUCAGCCCCGGGUCGUCGCCACGGCAACGCGGUGACGUCACGCGGGGGAAGCGGGCGCCGAUUGGACGGCGGCUGCUGAAUGUAUCCAUCUAUGGAGAAGCGGCGAGGGAGGGUGCUCCGAGUUGUUGUGUUUCUAUUGAAGAAAAGCUGGGCGCUUGCUGCAAUUCGAGCGGCGCCACCCAGGGUCAUUGAGAAAAAGUAAGAGCCGUCCCUGUAUCAUUCAGCAAUCCGGCGGGGGCCAAUCGCACACCAGACUUCAUUCCAGCCUUCUCUUUUCUUUGGGGGUGGGGGGGGGGAGAAAUACAUUUUAUUUUGGGCUCCAGCCCAAUUAAGAGCAAUUUCUGCAAUUUGCAAAGCAGACCAUUUGUCAUUCCCUUUGCAAUUUGCAAGGCAUUCCCUUUGCAAGAAAGGGAGGGAGAGUUGGAGGGGGGGGGGGGUGAAGUGUUCCCAUUGAUAAAGCAAUUUUCUCGGUUCGUGGCUUGUUUUUUGACCUGAUGCUCGGUCAGUAAGCUUUGCCCCCAUGUUAGAGAAAUUUCCCUGCGCCCCGUUUGACUCGGAAAUGGCGAUCUGCAAGGCGACGGGUUGGCUGCACGACCAGCUGGAGAGGGGCAACGACCGGCUGCUGCUGGUGGACUGCCGAGCCCACGAACUGUACGACUCGUCGCACAUCGAGGCGGCCAUCAACGUCGCCAUCCCCGGCUUGAUGCUGAGGCGCCUGAAGAAGGGCAACUUCCCCGUCAAGUCGCUCAUCUCCAACAACGAGGACAAGGAGAGGUUCGCCCGGCGCUGCAAGACCGACAUCAUCCUGCUGUACGACGAGAGCACGGUGGAGUGGAACGAGAACCUCAACGCCACCUCGGUGCUGGGCUUGCUACUGAGAAAGUUAAAGGACGAAGGAUGCAAAGUGUUCUGCUUGGAAGGCGGAUUCAGCAAGUUCCAGGCGGAAUACCCGACGCACUGCGAGACCAACCUGGACAGCUCUUGCGGCAGCUCCUCUCCCACCCUGCCGGUGCUGGGGCUCGGGGGGCUCCGCAUCAGCUCGGACUCGUCCUCGGACAUCGAGUCGGAGCCGGACAGAGACGCCCCCAACAGCGCGACCGAGUGCGACAGCAGCCCGCUGUCCAACAACCACCAACCUUCCUUCCCCGUCGAGAUUCUGCCCCACUUGUACCUGGGCUGCGCCAAGGACUCCACCAACCUGGACGUGUUGGAGGAGCACGGCAUCAAGUACAUCCUGAACGUGACCCCCAACCUGCCCAACCUGUUUGAGAACGCCGGCGAGUUCAAAUACAAGCAGAUCCCCAUUUCAGAUCAUUGGAGUCAGAACCUUUCCCAGUUCUUCCCUGAAGCCAUCGCCUUCAUAGAUGAAGCCCGUAACCAGAGUUGUGGGGUGUUGGUGCACUGUUUGGCGGGGAUCAGUCGCUCAGUCACAGUGACCGUGGCCUAUCUGAUGCAGAAGCUGAACCUCUCCAUGAACGACGCCUAUGACAUUGUGAAGAUGAAGAAGUCCAACAUCUCCCCUAACUUCAACUUCAUGGGGCAGCUGCUGGACUUUGAGCGGACCCUGGGCCUCAGCAGCCCUUGUGACAACCGGUUGUCUUCACAACCCCUGUACUUCACCACCACCCCCACCAACCAAAACGUGUUCCAGCUCGACCCGCUCCAGUCCACUUGACUGCUCAACCUAGUGCCAGAGAGACAGGCUCGGAAGAAUUUUAAAGGUCAAAUCACUGACAUAUAAUGGGGUCAGAAUGGGUAUGAAAAAGAACAGCUGAUCUCGCUGAAGGCAACUUGACUCUUUUGUUCAAGCAGCUGUUGUGAAGAGGGGGAGACCCUGACCUUUGACUUUGAGACCACUGAUGGUUCACAAAGUUAGUUGGAAAAGUGCAGUGGCUGAAAGCUUCACAGUCUAAAGAGGGACAAAGAGAGAAGUUGGGUGAGGUAUCCACACUCUCUUGAUUAAUCCCCUCUUUUUGAGUUCUAAUGGUAGCAGAAUAUUUGUCUUCAAUGAAGACUUUGUCUAUUCAAGCUGGUUUGGAGAAAAUAAAAUGGUUUUGAGAGUUCUGGAAUUGGCCACAAUUAUAUAUUUCUGUACUCCAGAACUCGGAGUACCAUACAGCAUGAUUUCUGUAUAUAUUGUCUAUGUGCAGAUCCAGUGUCACAAUUGUACAUCAACCGAGAUUAUGUAUUACUGGGUGGAUUGUUGUAAGGAAAGUAGAUUCCUAUAAGGUACUUGGGAUUGAAUCCAGUACAUCUCCUUCCUCGCAGAAUUAAAGGACUGGAAAUGUACAAUUAUGUAAAUUAAUAUUAUGUUUUAAUUGAUUAUUCGGACAGUAUAUGCCAAAAAGUUUGUGUUUUGUUUGACCUGCUUUGAUAUGUUGCUUUAUCUACGUAUGAGUGCAAUUUGAAGCUGGCUUAUGAUUUAUGCUCUUUUAUUUUCCUCUAUUCUCAACUGAGAGCGUUGGUAAUGUGUAUACAGUACUUGUGUUUUCUUGCUAAUGAAUGAGUAGACUGUUAUUUGAAAAUGGGACUGGCGAAUUUUCUUGUUAAUUUUUAUAUGGACAAUGCGUAUUUCAUACAGUGCAUUACCUCUGUGCAGACUCUUCAGGGAAGAAUCAUGAAUGCAAUAGUUUUUUUUCUAUAAGUCUGUAUUUAAAACUGGAAGCCAAUACUGUAUGUAUACACUGCACUUGCUGUAACUCAGUAGCCAGUGAGAAAUUGUCCCCAGUUCGUUGUUGCAGAUGGCUUAUUGUGAGAUGGGGAAUUUAUUCUGAGAAUGAUUGAUUGUAUAAUACUAAGUUAUUAAUAAAUAACUAUUUUGUCUAUAUAGAACCUUA